AUGGCUGGUCCGGACCCCAAACGCAUGUACAUUGCGAUCAAUUCGCAGAACCUUGACGCCCUUAAACCAGAAAAGCCCUAUUGGAGCAAGCCGUUCGUCUUUGUGAAUCCGUCGGGGACAGGCACAAAGUACACUUCCCUCCAGGCGGCAAUGAUGCUCCAGAAGAUGAAGGUCGUUGACUUUCUGUUGGACCAGCCGUCAGUGGAUUUGACCGUGAAGAGCACAGAUGGGAAAAACACCUUGACGGUUGCUGUCGAAGCAAAAAUGGGAGUCGGGACGCUAGAAAAAAUUCUUCGCAAACUCGACUUACGAUGUCUUGCUGAAGUGGAUUCUUCGGGCAAAGGACCAAUAGACUAUGCAGAACCUGGAACAGACGUCUAUGAGUUUCUUCACUCGAUGGGAUGCAAGACACGCCAUGAGAAAGAGGUUGCAAUGGCAGGGUUCUUCGGAGAAAGUGUGAAGGGUACGGUCCCAGGUGUCAGCGAGCGCCAACGGCGACGCAAGGUAGGAAACUCGCCGCGAAACAAGGCAGAGAAGAAGACCGGCACCAUUGGAACCAACCAUUCAUCAUCUGAAGAGGAACAGAAGAGUUCUCAAGUCUCUGAAUAUGCCUGUAGUAGCGAAGAAGAGGAAGAUGCCCUAUGGAGGCACUUCGAUGACAUUGAUGAACUGGAACAAGCUCUGAGGGCCUAUAUAGAUGAGUGGGGGGAAGAUCAUGACGACGGCGAAAGCUGCGCUCAUUGGCUGAGAAGCGUCUCACGUGCAAGGGAAACGGGGAAGACUGACAAGUUAUUGAUGAAGUGGAACGCCACUAUUCAAGGACUAAACACGAGCAAUGGGGAUGAAGGCGAAGAUGAAACCAAAGACAGUGUGAAGAAGAAUCCCAAGAAAGCGUCCACGAGGGGAAGGUCAACUGAAAGAGCUUCCCCAACAGCCCGUGAUGGUGGAGGCUCAGCACGUCCGCGAGGACGCCGGACAGGUUCCGCGACGGUGGAUCCGGAAGCCGUCAAACUGUUCUUCUCAGGCAAAGCUGGAGACCAGGUAAACUUGAGGAACACAGGAAAACACACGCAUCGUCUUACUUUCGUUGUGUCAUCCAGAUCAGCCUCAGUGGCUCCGUCUGAAAAGCGAGCUGAUGAGGAGGACAAAUGA